CAUCUUGAAGUCUCAAACAGCUUGGCCACAGAUUCUUUCCUCAACGCCUAUCGUCGAUUCGUCGGCCGUCGCGGCCCAGUGCGCCAAUUACGAUCAGAUCAAGGUACAAACUUCAUCGGCGCAAUGAACGAACUCAAGCAAGCUGUCAAGGAAUUGAACCACGAAAGGAUCAGAGAAGAGUUGCUCAUAACCAACUGCGAUUGGAUAGAGUUCAAACCGAACGUACCACAUGCAAGCCACUUUGGCGGAGUAUGGGAGCGCCAGAUAAGAUCAGUGAGAAACGUUUUGGCAUCGCUACUAGAGAGCCACGGGAUCCAACUUGAUGACGAGUCUCUAAGAACCUUUAUGGUGGAAGCGGAAGCUAUCGUUAAUUGCAGGCCACUCACCGUGAACACCAUAAACUCCUCACGGAGUCCCGAGCCACUCACUCCCAACCAUCUAUUGACCAUGAAGUCAAGGGUAAUUAUGCCUCCUCCCGGUGAUUUCAAACGUGCAGAUCUCUACCUGAGCAAGCGAUGGCGUCGCGUCCAGUACUUGGCCAACGAAUUUUGGAAUCGAUGGAGGAAGGAAUUCUUGCAGUCGUUGCAGCCAAGGAAAAAAUGGAUUGCAGUCAGAAGAAACCUACAAGUGAACGAUAUCGUGAUUGUGAUAGACGAAAGUUUGCCAAGGAACCGCUGGAAGCUUGCUCGUGUCCACGAAACCUUUCCCAACGAUGACGGUCUGGUCAGGAAAGUUAAGAUGGCGAUUGCUACAGAGUGCCUAGACGAUUCAGGCAGACCUACAAAACCGACUGCCUACCUGGAAAGGCCCGUCCAGAAAGUAGUCCUAUUACUGCCUUGCGAUCGAGUUGCAGACCAGGGAAUCCCCACCGAGGAGCCGCAACUUUAAAGGGGGCAAUAAUGCUCUCCGAACUCUCAUAGCAUAGAAAGAUAAUAAGUAAAGAACAAUACAUGACUGAUUAGGUUUGUUUCGUUUCGUAAAUUGUUGCCAAUUUAGGGGAGCCAUGUGACGUUUGUAAGGUCCGUUCAUUGCGUGACAGAAAUUAGAUAUGCGCAAUAACGACAAGGGCAAGGCUCAGAGUUCGAUUAAAACGAUUUAAGGUCUCAUCCUUGCGCUAAGAGGGAAAAGAGUUUUUACGUGGUAUUAAACAUUUUACGAGUCAAAACCGUGAACGUAUGGUUUCCUAAAAGCUAACGUCAACUACA